AUGAAGGUUGAAUUAGACUCCUUUUCCGGUGCCAAGAUCUACCCUGGUAGAGGUACUUUAUUCGUUAGAGGUGACUCUAAGAUUUUCAGAUUUGAAAGCUCAAAGUCUGCCUCUUUGUUCCACCAAAGAAAGAACCCCAGAAGAAUCUCCUGGACUGUUUUGUACAGAAGAGCCCACAAGAAGGGUAUCUCUGAAGAAGCUGCCAAGAAGAGAAGCAGAAAGGCCAUCAAGCACCAAAGAGGUAUUGUUGGUGCUUCUUUGGAAUUGAUCAAGGAACGUCGUUCUUUGAAGCCUUCUGACAGAAAGGCUGCCAGAGAUGCUAAGUUGGCCAAGGACAAGGAAGAUAAGAAGGCUAGCAAGGCCGCUAGAAAGGCUGAAAAGGCUAAGUCUGCUGCUGCUGCCGGUCCUCAAAUGAAGUUGUCUAAGCAACAAAGAAAGGGUGCUUUCCAAAAGGUUGCUGCUACCUCCCGUUAA